GCCCUCCCGUAUAUUGCUGGACCGGCCCUGAGCAGCUGCCUCAGCGCUCCGCGGCCUGGGACUGGCAUCAUUCUCAGCUCGCUGGAGCUGCUGCCCCAGAAGCCCCCUCCAGCAUCUCCCCCCGGGGCCCCUCUCCUCUCCCCCAUAUAGUUCCCACGUCUUCCGGGACUUUUGGACUAAUUUUUCAGGGUGAGGAGAGGACAGGCCCCGGGGGGGAGGCCUGUUACAGAAGAAGAGCUGCCGCGAGAAGCUCAAGAUGAUAGAGGCACUAGUAACAACUGAAGCUCAGAAAUUGCUGCACCAGCUGAAUGUUCUGUUGGAACAGGAGUCCAGAUGUCAGCCAAAGGUCUGUGGCUUGAGACUAAUUGAAUCUGCUCAUGAUAAUGGCCUUCGGAUGACUGCAAGACUGAGAGACUUUGAAGUGAAAGACCUUCUUAGCCUAACUCAGUUCUUUGGUUUUGACACAGAGACCUUUUCUCUAGCUGUGAAUUUACUGGACAGAUUUCUAUCCAAAAUGAAGGUACAGCCCAAACAUCUUGGGUGUGUGGGAUUAAGUUGCUUCUAUCUGGCUGUGAAAUCAACAGAGGAAGAGAGAAAUGUCCCAUUAGCCACUGAUUUGAUCCGAAUAAGCCAAUACAAAUUCACAGUUUCUGAUCUAAUGAGAAUGGAAAAGAUUGUAUUAGAGAAGGUGUGUUGGAAAGUCAAAGCUACUACUGCCUUUCAGUUUCUACAACUUUAUUAUUCACUCAUUCAUGAAAACUUACCAUUUGAAAGGAGAAAGAAUCUGAGUUUUGAAAGACUGGAAGCUCAGCUUAAGGCAUGCCACUGUAGGAUUAUGUUUUCUAAAGCAAAGCCAUCUGUAUUGGCCUUAUCUAUAAUUGCACUGGAGAUUCAAGCACAGAAAUUUAUAGAAUUAACAGAAGGAGUAGAAUGUCUUCAGAAACAUUCCAAGAUAAAUGGCAGAGAUCUGACCUUCUGGCAGGAACUUGUAGCAAAGUGCCUAACUGAAUACUCAUCAAACAAGUGUUCUAAACCAAAUGUUCAGAAGUUGAAGUGGAUUGUGUCUGGGCGUACUGCACGGCAGUUGAAGCAUAGUUAUUACAAAAUCGCUCAUCUUCCAACAAUCCCUGAAACGGGGUCUUAAUAGUAGGAUUCUCAUGGUGAAGAAAUUCGGCUAUUUUGAAGGCUCACUUCACAUCAGAAUUGUGGACUCCAGUAUUAGAAUGGAUUUAAGCUGUGAAGCCUGAAACAUAGCAACUAGGUUGGCAUUGAUGUUUUCAGACUUGAAGAGAAAACGGGCUAUAGUUGGAAAUUGAUUAUGUGUUCUGCAGUUGGAAAUGUGUUCAGGACUAAAUUAUGAUCUUCUUUGAAGCAUGUUUAUAAAAACUAAAACUCAAAUGUGAAAACUUAAUGUUAGAAUAAGGGUGGGAGACUAUACUGUGAAUUGAAAGUUAAUAUUGAUCCAAUCUAGUAGUAUCUGGAUCAUUAUAUUGAUUAUAGGUAGUAUUGAUGGCAAGGUAUGAUUGAGGUUAUUUGAAUUGUGAUACAAGUUCACAUCAAAACAGAUCAACUUCAGAAAAAUAUGAUGCACUUUAGUAUAGUCAGGGUUACUAGUCUUUGAGGCAGUAUAAACAACGUUGUUAAAGCCUUAUACAACUAGAUAAUCCAAUAUUUCUAAAGAUUUAUUUUUGUUUGGCAUAUUUAAAUUUGAUUUAUAAAAUUCUAAUACAGUUGUAGACUGAUAUGUUAAAUUUUAAAUGAUCUUCAACAUUAUCCUACGGAACAAGUGAUAUGAUAUACAAAGUUUUAUACAGAAUGAUUUUUAUCUAAAUAUCUAGCCCCUAAGGAAAAAAAAUUUAGUAUAAAAGCAACUCAGUCUACCAAUCUGAAACCUCAGCUGAGCCCUUCUAAAGCAAUGUAUGCUAACACUAACACUCCAGAACUUUUAAAUAAGGAUUAUUGUUGGUAUAAAACUGAAUUGUUAGUAUAGAGCUUUGUUUUUAGAAGCAAUACAUAAGGGGUAUGCUAUAGUUAUAAUGCUCCUGUAACAGUUCAACUUAGACUAAAGUGAGUUGUCUAUCCAGAUUCAAAUAAGUAGCAAUUUAAUAGACAAAUUAUGUGGUAGUUGGAGCAUUUAAGGCUAGUUGUAGGUUAAUGAAACUAAAUUAACAUAUAUAUAUAUAGGGUUGGGAAAGCAUAUAAUCAGUGCAAUAUAUAACUUAACUUCCACAAUAGCUCUAACUAGUUCCAAUUUCCCUUUGACAUCAUGUUGUGGAAAAAUCAAAACUGGGGGAGGGGGGGGGGAGACCUUUAAAAAGAAACCAAAGAAACACACAGUAUGUCUCAUGUCUUAUGCUUCGUUUUGUAAAGCAUUUUGCAGAUGCACUCUUCAGUUACUCCUAAACACAUGAUUCAUUGAAGAAUUUCCUUUCUAAUUCAUCAAUGCAAACUAAAGUUGGCUGAAGUAACCUAACAAAGUACCAUUAUGUUCUGGUACUAAGAAAAUGACCUUUCAAUAAAACUAUUGAAAUG